AUGAAUGCACCAUUUCUAAAAUCAUAUUAUCGUCGAAAAUCUACAUAUCUAACUUCUGAGCAGAUAGAAAUAAUUAGAUCGCUCAAAGAUAAGGUACCUAAGUAUAGAAUUAUGAGAGAUUUCCAUAUUAAUGAACAUCGAGUAGAUGAUAUAUGGGAAGAUCGAGAGCGCCAACAACAAAUAAUACAAAGUACCAUUUCCACCGAAAUAUUACCUAUAUCUAUUGCAGAACAAUGCCUUAAAGAGCCUACACUAGUCACAUCAACUCCAUCUGAAAAUUUUAAUCGAAUAGGAAGAGAGACUUUAUAUCCAGAAUCUACUCCUCUCAAUACAGAAAUAAAAAAGAAAAGUUCCAAAUCUCGGUCUAAAUCUGUAUUAUGUAAUAAUGAGCUCCGCUCUCGUAUGUCUGAUGCGAUACCUACUAAUAACUCUAAUGAGACAGAAAAGAUAAGUAGUGAGGAUCUUGAUGCAUUAUACGAACGAGAGUCCAAAAGAGAUGAGAAAAAUAAAACGAAUAUGACUCGCCUAUUAGCUACUUAA